CCCAGCAGAUCACCCACCUGUGCCCAGCAGAUCACCCACCUGUGCCCAGCAGUGCACCUACCUGUGCCCAGAAGUGCCACCUACCUGUGCCCAGCAGUGCCACCCACCUGUGCCCACCCACCUGUGCCCACCAGUGCCACCCACCUGUGCCCACCCACCAGUGCUGCCCACCAGUGCCACCCACCAGUGCAGCCCAGCAGUGCUGCCAUCAGUGCCGUCUGUCAGUACCCAUCAUCAGUGUCACCUCUCAGUGCCGCCUCUCAGUGCUGCAUAUUAGUGCUGCCUAUCCGUGACACCUCAUUAGUGCUGUCUAUCAGUGCCGCCUAUCGGUGCCACCUCAUU